CAGUACUGAGCUGUAUUUUGUAUCCGAUAGCUUUGUCAGAAACCAGAAGUUUGUCACCAGCUCGCGACCGCUGCCAUUUUGAUCUUAGGAGAGAAGAACUGGGAAACUGCGUGCUCGUUGUGUAGCGGAAUUAUUAACAUAUACAGCAUUUUACCAUGGCCAUGCAAGCAGCGAAACGUGCUAAUAUACGAUUACCUCCUGAGGUGAACAGAAUCCUGUACAUAAGGAACCUUCCUUAUAAAAUCACAGCUGAGGAAAUGUACGAUAUCUUUGGGAAAUAUGGACCAAUACGUCAAAUCAGAACAGGGAACACACCUGAAACAAGAGGAACAGCCUAUGUAGUGUAUGAAGACAUCUUUGAUGCCAAGAACGCCUGUGACCACCUGUCAGGCUUCAAUGUCUGCAACCGUUACCUGGUGGUUCUCUACUACAAUGCAAACAGAGCUUUCCAGAAGAUGGACACAAAGAAGAAAGAGGAGCAGCUGAAACUUCUAAAAGAGAAAUAUGGCAUCAACACAGACCCUCCAAAGUAGCAUUCUGGGGAAACUCCCUGCCCCCUCUCCCGCAAUCCCGAUUUUUUUUCUUUCUAAUGCUGUACAGACUUCACAUGUUCUAUCAAGGCAAUGAGUUGUUUUGCGCCAGUCACAAAGAAUGCUGUUUCUCCAAAAUCAAUUGUCAGUCAGAUUUUUAGGACUAAGACUAAGUAUCUAAGUAACUAAGUUAUGUUCUUAUGAAAGUGAUUGACAGAUGUGACAAACUCUUCAGCAACAAAUAAGUUUAACCAGUAUUUAGAUUGGUGAAUGGUCAAAGUAUUCUCCCAGGGUAAUAUGUUCAAAUCUGCGAGGACAGAUAUCUUUAUUGUAUUUUUUCACUCCCAUAUUUGUACAAACUUGAUUUAAAGCUAACCAUAGCCUGCAAUGUGUAAUAUGAAUUUGGGUUGAUCAGUAAUGACUAUGUUAAGUGUAAGGUUUCUGUAAAAUAAAUGUUCCUUUUUCUAAAA